GAGAGAAAAGAGAUAGGGACUAGAGAGAGACAGAGAAAGAGAGAUGGGGAAGAGCGAGGGCACUUUAUUGCCUUUUUUAUGAUGCACGCAUCCAUGGCAGAACAGAGAAGGGUACAGAGUACUGCUGCGACAUAAGGGUUGAAGAAGAUAUUAGAAGCGCAAAAGCACCACCACAAAUCCUCCUCCUCCUCCAACAACAGCAAGGUUCGGAGAGGAAAAGCUUGGAGAGAGAUAUGGAGCUCAAAUGGAUUUGCGAAGUGGAGUAGAGAGGCUAUGGAGCUGAAGAGGAAGAGAAAGAACAAGGUGGUCAGUAAUAGCGGUAGGAAGAGUUUUUCUGAAAUGGGUUUCUUUUCUUUCAGUUGAGGGAUUCAUGGCAUGCAACGAAAGAUGGUGUGUCUGAGGCCUCGGGAGACGAAAUCUGAGAGCCUGUUUCAGCUAACCCAUAUUUUGCACUGUCAUUGUUGUUCUUCCUCGUCUGUGCAAAUCUUGGGGUUUCUUUGAUCUUUGAAGAGCUUUUUGAGGACUUUUUCUGGGUAUGAGAGGGAUGCCCUUUCAGCUACAGGGAAAGGGGGUCUUUGAAAUCGCAGGUUUUGCUCCGAUUUGUGCUUGGAACAGUAACAACCAUAAGAAAGAAGAGCUUCUUGGCUUUGGGAGCAACAACAACAGCAGCGGCAACAACAACAGCAACGAACCCACUUCUGUGCUUCAUAUGAGAAGAAGCCCGAGCCCUCCCACAUCGGCAUCGACUCUGUCUUCGUCUUUCGGCGGCGGCGGCGGCGGAGGAGGCUCCUCGGAACCACCGCCUGCCGCAACUGCGCCCGAACAUGGACUCACUCGAAAGGACGAGUGGCCGUCGGAGCUCCAACCGUUUCCGAGUGGACUAGAGGCGGUCACCGGCGGAGGGCAGAGAUGCGCGCUUGGAUUGGAAGACUGGGAGAGCAUGUUAUCGGAAACGGGGGGGUCGCCAAGCCACGGACAGGAGCAUUCGCUGCUGCGUUGGAUCGCGGGCGAUGUGGACGACCCGUCGUUCGGCCUCAAACAGCUCUUGCAGAGCGCAAGCAAUCCUCUCGAUUUAGAUGGCAAUGCUGGGCUGGGAGUCGUCGAUCAGAGCCCCGGCGGGUUCGAGCCCAUUGGAGGCGUUUCGGGUACUGGUAAUCUAAUUACAAGCAUUAAUCACUGUCCUAAUCUUUCAGCUUAUCCAGGUUCUGGUGGGUUUACAAAUAGCAACAACAACAGCAACAGCAACGGAAAGAAUGGUGGUACAAUUGUACCAAGCUCUUCUGGGGCCUUAAAUUACAAGGUUUCUAGUGUUGGGUUGAACAGCAGCAACAGCAACAACAACAACAAUUGUAAUAUGCAAAACCCUGUUUAUAGUUGCUCAGGUAACAGUCUCCCUCUUCCAGUUACUUUGCCUCCUGGCAUGAUUUAUCAGCAGCAACAGUUUGAAGCCCCAGAUGAGAAGCCCCAGAUUGUGAAUCCGCAGGUGUUGUUGAACCAACCGCCAAACUCUCAAAAUCCUAACUUUUUUCUGCCGUUGGCCUUUUCCCAACAAGAACAGCACCUCCUGCAGCCUCCCCAUUCGAAGCGACCCAACUGGGUUGGGUUAGAUCCCCUCACUCCGAUCCCGAAGGUUCCUUUUGGCGAUCCUGGGCACGAGUUUUUGCUCAGAAAACAGCCACAACAUCUGGGGUUCUCUGCAGGAGUGCAAUUUUUUCCUCAGCAACAAAAGCCACUGAUGGUGCCCAAGCUGCAGAAAAUGGGACCGGGCGAAGAGGACAUGGCCCAUCACCACCACCAGCACCAGCAACAGCAACAGCAGCUUGCUUUGCUCGACCAGCUCUAUAAGGCCGCAGAGCUGGUAGGGACUGGGAAUUUCUCACACGCGCAAGGGAUAUUGGCGCGGCUCAAUCACCAGCUCUCCCCUGUUGGAAAGCCCCUCCACAGGGCUGCUUUCUACUUCAAGGAGGCUCUGCAAUUGCUCCUCCUUAUGAACAACCCAGUCACCUCCCCUCCACCAAGGAGCCCAACCCCAUUUGAUGUUAUCUUCAAGAUGGGCGCUUACAAAGUCUUCUCUGAGAUCUCUCCUCUUAUUCAGUUUGUCAAUUUCACCUGCAACCAGGCCCUCCUUGAAGCUCUCGAUGAUGUUGACCGUAUUCAUAUUGUGGACUUCGAUAUUGGCUUUGGUGCUCAGUGGGCGUCGUUUAUGCAAGAGCUUCCAAUGAGGAAUAGGGGUGCCCCAUCAUUGAAAAUCACUGCCUUUGCCUCUCCUCACACCCAUCAUCCCAUUGAGCUCGGGCUUAUGCGCGACAACUUAACGCAGUUUGCUAAUGAGAUUGGGAUACGUUUUGAACUUGAAGUGGUUAACUUUGAUUGCUUGGACCAAACCUCUUAUUCCCUGCCCAUUCUGCGAGCAUCUGAGAAUGAGGCAGUUGCUGUAAAUUUUCCCGUUUGGUCUUCUUCCAAUCAACCGGCUGCGCUUCCUUCUCUCCUCCGCUUUGUGAAGCAGCUCUCGCCGAAAAUUGUGGUAUCGUUGGACCGAGGGUGUGAUAGAACCGACCUUCCCUUCCCACAACAUGUUGUACAAGCUCUCCACUCCUACAUAAAUCUCAUGGAGUCUCUGGAUGCUGUUAAUGUGACUUCGGAUGCUGUGAGCAAGAUUGAGAGGUUCCUUCUUCAGCCUAAGAUCGAAAGCACUGUACUGGGGCGUCUCCGAGCCCCCGACAAAAUGCCCCUUUGGAAAACACUCUUUGCCUCCGCCGGGUUCUUACCUUUAACAUUCAGUAAUUUCACUGAAACUCAGGCAGAAUGUGUGGUGAAGAGGACUCCGGUUAGGGGGUUUCACGUUGAGAAGCGCCAGGCGUCGCUUGUGCUCUGCUGGCAGCGUCGGGAGCUCAUCUCAGCUUCAGCUUGGAGGUGCUGAGCAGCAGCAGUUGGAUGAGCAGGGAGGUUGGUUUUUUGGCAACUCACAAUCUACCAGAGGUUCCAACUUUUACUUUGAUAUUAAGUCAAUAAAUGUUGAAUUCUGUUGGUGGCACCUCUUUUGUGACUUAAUCUUAUGAAAUGUUAUAUGUUUGUGAGUCUCCUUUGCUCAUUGUCCAUCUAGUCCAGACAGACUAGUCUUCCUGGUAGUAUCAAAAAUCUAACUGGAAAGUUAAUUUGAUUCUUAUUUCCUUUGGAGAUUGA